CACUUUAGUGGUGGGCGUGGUCAUCUUACUCUAAGACACGCUCUGUGUGAGCGUGCCAUGAACUCAUUUCAUUUAAAGCCGUGGUAAGCAUGGAAAGCUUUGAUUUUGGGAUGGCAGAAUCGCAGCAGCAACAGUUGGUUGACAUCGACCCGGAUUUCGAGCCUCUUUCCCGCCCGCGUUCGUGCACCUGGCCGCUGCACCGACCCGAAUUCAACGAACCGGGGAGCUCCAACACGUCCUCCCCGGCACCGUCCGUUAAGCCGGAGCAUGGCAUUGUAGACUUUAUCAACAGCUUAAGUUUACUAGAGGAAACCGAAGACUACCAAGAAGAAAAGCCCGUCCUUUUAUGCAACGACUUCCACUGCCAGGACAACUGCGCUCAUCCCCAGCAACAGCAUUCGGCACCGUUGCAUCCACAGCAGCAGCCGAAUCCCCAGCUGACUCACCCGCAACAGGUGCCUCCGCUCCCCGCCCCUGCCAGCAGCUCGAGCCCCGCAGCGGCCCAGAGGAAGAGCAGCUCGUCUCGUAGAAACGCAUGGGGGAAUAUGUCAUACGCGGACCUCAUCACCAAGGCGAUCGAGAGCUCCCCUGAGAAGCGGCUCACCCUGUCUCAGAUCUACGAGUGGAUGGUGAAGAGCGUCCCUUACUUCAAAGAUAAAGGCGACAGCAACAGCUCAGCCGGCUGGAAGAACUCAAUCAGACACAACCUGUCCCUGCAUAGUCGCUUCGUGCGGGUGCAGAAUGAAGGAACGGGUAAGAGUUCGUGGUGGAUGCUGAACCCUGAGGGAGGCAAAAGUGGCAAAUCUCCACGCAGAAGAGCAACGUCCAUGGACAACAACAGCAAGUUCACGAAGAGCAGAGGACGAGCCGCCAAGAAAAAGAUGUCCUUGCAGGGUGGGCUUGAUGGUGGUUCUAACAGUCCUGGUUCUCAAUACCCAAAAUGGCUUGGCAGCCCCAAUUCUCACAGCAAUGAUGAUUUCGAACCAUGGACCACCUUUCGUACACGUGCUAGCUCCGAUGCCAGCACUCUUAGCGGGCGCCGCUCACCCUUCCUACCCGAAGAGGAUGAAGUCGGUGAGGUCCACCUUGGAUACCCAGGUACCAUAAGCACCAAGCUGGGUGGCCCUUUACCCAGCCUCUCUGAAGUAACAAGUUCCCUGGGUCACCACGGAUCUGAGAGUGUGAUGAUGGAUAAUCUUUUAGACAACCUCAACCUUAUUUCUCCCAAAAGUAACGGACAAGGAAGCCAAGACGCCCAAUCCGCGCUGUCCUCACCUAUGAUGCAGGGUAGCCCCGGGUACCCAUCUUAUAACUCACCCAGUAUGGGUUCACAGCCCCAGCAGGACUACCGAAAGUGUCUGUAUGGGCAGGGAGGUUUAAGUCCAAUUGCUAUUCCAACAUUAUCGGACAGUAAACCCGGAGGCUACGGGCCCUUCCUGGGCCAGUAUAACUGUGCUGCAGGAAUGCUUAAAGAGCUAUUGACUGCAGAUGCCGAUCACAGAGAGCUGAUGCAGUCUUUAGAUACUAUGGGGUCUCAGGUCGGGGAAGGGUUGCUAGCUACCUACGCUAGGUCGGGACAACUAGGACAGUGUGGCAAACUUUUGGGCCCACUUGCACAUCCACACGCACAUCCUCAACUGCAUACGCACCCACGCUCGCUCCAUCAGAUGCCCUCACCCCCAAUGGGCAUGAACGGUUGUACCCUGGUGCCGCAUGGGCAUCCUGGUCGCCUUGGUAACAUGAAGCCACAACCGCACCUGCCUCACAAUCAUGUUGCUCAUCUGGGACGAGGUGGAGGGGAAGCAGGCUUGCCGAGUUACACCAACGGUAACGGCUUCCACAGGCACGGACCGAUUCAUCUCCACCAUCAUGGUCAUCCAGAGCGGCUGCCCAGUGACUUGGACGAUAUGUCGCUCGAGCAGCUAGAAUGCGAUGUAGAGACCGUCCUUCAUGACACACUUAUGGAUGAUGAUGCCCUGGACUUCAACUUUGACCCCAUGAGCAGUCAACAGAGUUUUUCUCACGGGGUGAAGACAAGCACACACAACUGGGUAUCUGGAUAAACAUGCCCCAUACAUGUUUGUGAUGUAGAAAUGUAAUAUUUCCAAUAGUUAUCACAUUAUGUUAUCAAAGCAUACGAUAGCCCCAAAAAGUAUUUGGACAAUUAAGCCAAAACUAAAAAUAUCAACGUCUUUAUGUUACUGUAUAUAACAAAGGCACUAAUGAAUGCCUUUUAGAAAAUUAUAUCAUAUUAUGUAAUAAAAUUGUAUAACAUUAUAUAACAAAUAAUUUGUACAUUUAUUAAACACCGCAAAUAUUUAAAAUAAAAAUAUAUAAAUUAUAUUUAGACCGAUAGAAAUCAUUAAAAUAAAUAUAUAAUAAUAUAGCAAAGAAAAUGCAUAGGCAAUUUUGUUAGGACAUUGUUCAAAAUUAGGAGAAUAAUUAUAAAUGUCAAUAGUUAAUGACCUCAUAAUCUGCUGUUUGAUAUUUUAUUAUUAAUUAAGUGGUCGUUUUUAAGUGUGCAAAAAUGUCCAAAUACUUUUUGGGAAUGCUGUAUGUGCAAAUACACGUGUAAAUAUGUCAUAGACAACCAAUGACGAUUGCAUAAUAAAUGCUGUAGGUUAUGGGCUGCAUAUACAGUACAGCCUGUGGAUAAGAGAGAUUUACAGUACAGGGUCUUGAAAAUGUACAAUUGUGUUCAAAUUUUCCAAUGUUCAUUUAUGUAAAAUAUUGUUGGUGUUGGAUCACCUUUCCGUUGUAGGCCAGUGAGCAGAUAUGGAUCAUAGUAAGAGCUUUCCGCUCUUAUGGGCAAGUGUGACAGCUCAUGUCUGCCUCAGAAACAUUACUGACAUGACGCGUUUCGUUUUAGCUCUCUCUUACCUCUAAAAGUCUCUCCGUCUCAUUUCUCAUCAGCUGUUUACCUCAGUCAGAACCUCUGUAGCCGAUCAGCUGAAGCAGAAAUAAUCGCCGCGAUUGUCAGGAAUUGGUUUUGCUUUGGUUAGUCAGAAUGUAAAUACUAAAAGUGACUAGUCGAAGACGGGCUUUUUGUACAAAUUUAGUUUAGCUUGACUCUCAGUUCUGCAUUUAAUUUGGUUGACGUACAGUUUCAAACUGUAUGUAAACUUUAAACUGGAAUGAAUAUUAUUGUAUAUGAUAUGUAUAUGAUACGUUACAUUCGUUUUUACAUUUCAGGGUGUUGAUUGGAUGCCUUUUGUACAGAGAUGUAUAUUUUUGUUGUACCAAUGAGAUGGUAAAUUAUAUGUUUAUAUUGGUCAGCUUCUUAAUAGUUGUUUCUCUCCAAAGACCCCUACCAGCAUUUAAUGUCUAAAACAUUAUAUUGUGGCCUUUGCUGUAUAUACCGAAUAUAAUAGAUGUUCUCAAACUUUAAAACUUUGAAUUUAAUAUAUUGGUGUAUUUAAUAAUCCAAAUGUGUUUUUUUUAUUCAAAUAUAGAUUAAAACACAAUUCUCAAACCCCCAAAUUUCAUCACAAAGCAGGUUAUUCCAAGUCAAUGUGCUGUUAAAGGGACACUCCACAUUUUUUUUUAAAAGGCCCAUUUACGCAAUGAUAUAACGCAGCGCCCAAAAAAGUCCCCUUGGUAACUUUCAAUAGCAGGGGACUAUUUUCAGGCGCUGUGUAAUAUUACUACACCUGCUGCAGCCAUGUAAUGGCAGCAUGAGAGUAUAUUUCCUAGACAUAUUGGCCUAAAAAAUCACAACUUUUAAUUUUCCGUCGGUCUUAGUACACGAUGUAACUACAGAAGAGUCAAGUUUUAAAUAAGAAAAAUAUCAAAACUCGUUAUUUUUUAGCGCGAUGCUAAUGGUCUAAUCAGAUUCAAUGAAUUAUGCUAAGCUAUGCUAAAAGUGCUAGCGCCAGACCCGAAGAUCGGCUGAAUGGAUUUCAAAACGGUAAAAAUCAAAUGUUUAACUCUAGGAGAGCUGGAAAAUGAGCAUAUUUUCAAAAAAAAGUGUGUCCGUUUAAAAAUCUUUAUCUGUCUUUGGCCUGUUCACCAUAAGGGGAAGACUAAACAAAACCAGAGUUGUGUUAAAAUUCAUAAAGGCCACAGAGUUCAAGAUUUCUUAGGGCUAAAUCAGGCUUAAAAUGUUUUUUCAUUUUUGUAUUUGACAGAGAUUAUAUGAUAAUUUUGUAUAAUUUAAGUUUGUUCCUGUCUGAACUUUAAAUAGCGCGCUGUUGCAAAUGCUUUGCAUUGCAACUGCCCAUUUACUAAAUAUAUUUAAUGCUUUGAUAUUUUCUAUUCAAACAGUGAGGAGUACCAUGAAGGGUUUGUAAAUUAUAAAGAAUAUUUUCAACGUAUGUGUAUAUUCUUAACAGAUAUAUAUCCUAAGAUGCAUAUCCACAAACUGUUUUGUAGUCAUUUUAUGCCGUUUAUAAAUAUUACAAAUGCUCAUGUUUAUCACAUCUGUAUGUAUCACUGACUUUUUUUGUUUUGUUUAUUUGUGUGGAUCGUUUGAUAUGUAAAUAAUCUUGAUUUUGUCUUAUUUAAUAGACACGUUGUUUCGACUCAUUUCUUUAAUGUAUGAUUUAGUCUUUAAAUGUCUUAGUGAUGGUUUUUGUACGUGAUACUGUAAUGUUAACACUCUCUGAUUGACAUGGAGGGUGGGAACAGUUGUGAAUUAGAAACUUAUGGCCAUUCAGUCCUUGUCAGAACCACGAUGCUUUUAUAGACUAGCAUACAUGGAGAAAGUGCCUGAUAAUACUGCAAUGUAAUUAAACCGUGAUGAAGAAUCGAUUAUAAGUUAACAAACGAGAAACUACAGCUGUUAUAUCAAGCCAUAAUUGUAUAUAAAAGUAUGAAUACAUAACAACAAAUCA